AUGACUUGUUCUAAUGUAAUGUACUUUGCCAUUUGCAUGGUUUUGUUUUCUUCAGUAGCAAUGGCAGUUGAUCACAUUGUUGGUGAUGAAAAGGGCUGGACUGUUGAUUUCAACUACACUCAAUGGGCACAAGACAAAGUUUUUCGUGUUGGUGACAACCUUGUGUUCAAUUAUGACAAUUCUAAACACAAUGUGUUCAAAGUGAAUGGUGCACUCUUUCAAAACUGCGAUUUUCCACCACAAAAUGAAGCACUUUCCACAGGAAAGGACGUUAUUCAGCUCAAAACAGAUGGAAGAAAAUGGUAUAUUUGUGGAAAGGCCAACCAUUGUGCAGCACGUCAAAUGAAGUUGGUUAUUAAUGUACUAGAAGAAGGUGCACCUUCUCCUUCUUCAUCUGCUCACUCUCUUGCAUCAACUGUCUUUGGAGUCCUCAUGCUAGCCAUGAUAGCCAUUACAGCAAUCUUUUAG